AGGUGAAGAAAUGCCGGCCCCAGGAGGAUUAUAUCAAGGUUACUGAUUAAAAUGAAUUGUUUUUUCUAUUUAUGUAAAUUGGAUAAGUUUUUAUAUUUAUUUAUACAUUAUUUUCUUAAGCUUGCCUAUCCUAACGUCAGCAUUUCAAGAUUAUGCCUAUGUAAAAAGUUAUCUUCCGUGUUUACAUUGUUUCCCGGGGGGGAGUGAGUUGUUUCCCACCAUGGGUUCAUUCUCGAGUCCCUUAUUCACUUGUAAAAGCUAAGAGACUAAAAUAUGAUGACUGGAAUAAAACCUAAGUGGGCGGUUUGGCGUGUGCGUCAGAUUUUGAUUUUUUGUCUUUCACCGAGGCUCAUCCGAUGGAGUUUUGAGCUUUCUGACCUCCAAUCUGUCAUUGCGAAGCUCACCUUCUACAUUUAUUAUUUUCUUGUUUUCAGGUGAUGCGCCUCAGAGAAGGGAAGAAAAAGGUUCGUUGUCCAUCCUCUUAUUCACUUGCGUAGCUUAUAGACUGAUUAUAAAUAUCUUGGAUACAGCCUGUCAAGCGGGCGGUUUAUUAUGUGCUCUAAAGCUUUAUAAGAAUGCCGCCGUGAAAAAGAGCGAAAAGAUCAGAGAGGCUUGGGACUGAAAAUAAUGGCAGCGUACAAGGGGCUCCAUGAGAACUUUGCAAGAAAAUGAGAGUCAAAAAUAAAUGAAUGUAUAAAAACAUGCAUGUCAUUAAUAAAGAAUCACCUGCAUGAUAAAUGAUUAACACCAUACCUGAGGUUUGGGUGGUGAGUUAUACGCAAGAAUGAAUUCGCCAAAUUUGCAAAGUGCUGUUAAGAAAAUCGAUCAUUUUGUCCUCUGCCAGGGCUCGCCCCAGUUGGUUUUGCUAUCAAAUUUUGUCUACAAGUCUUGCAUCACUGCGAAAUUCAGCUUACUAAAUUCUUACUUGCUUGUUUUCAGGUAAAGAAAUGCCGGCCCCAGGAGGAUUAUUCCUUAGACAUUUUCAAGGUUACUGAUUAAAUUGAUUUGUUUUUGAUAUUUAUGUAAAGUAGAUAUGAUUUUGAUAUUUAUUUAUAUACUAUUUUCUUAAGCUUGCCUAUUGUAAUGUCUGCAUUUUAAAAUUAUGUCUAUGUAAAAAGUUAUUUCCCGUGUUUACACUGUUUCCUUGGGGGGGUUGGUUCCCUCCAUGGGUUCAUAUUCAAUUGUAUAGCUAAUAGACUAAAAAUGAUAAUUGGAAUAAAACUUCCUGAGUGAGGUGUUUGGCGUGUGUGUCAGAGUUGCAAAGACGCGAAAAAGAGCGCAAAGACGCUUGGGAUGGAAAAUUAUGGUGGCUAUAUUGGAACUCGAUUGAACUUUGCGUGACAUCCUAAGAAUAGCCGAGAAGUGGACAGUUUGAAAAUAAGAAGCCAAGAAAAAGAACAUGGCUAUAAACUCAAAACAUACAAUGAAAAAAUAAUCACUAAUACAAUAGGUAUAACUGACAUGCUAUCUUGCUAUCGUAAUGCCGGUUACAUUUCAGAAUUGUUUUUAAGUAAAAGCUCUGUAAGACGGUUGAUAACUUUGUCUUUCGCCUCUUGUUUUCAGGUGACGCACCUGAGAAAAGGGAAGAACAAGGUUUGUUGUCGAUCAUUAACUCAAAUCAUUUAGUCGAGAAUCACAUAUUGCGAAGCUCACCUUGUUAAUUUAUCAUUUGCUCGUUUUCAGGCGAUGCGUCCCAGAAAAGGAGAGAAAAAGGUUUAUUGUCGAUCCUCUUAUUGAUUCACUUGCCUAGUUUAUAGACUAAUGAUAACUAUCUUGGAUAGAGCCUGCCAAGCGGGCAGUUUAUUAUGUCCUCUAAAGUUUUAGAAGAAUGCCGCCGCGAAAAAGAGCGCUUAGAUCUGAGAGGCUUUGGACUGAAAAUAAUGGCAGCGUAAUAGGCGCUCGAUGAGAAAUCUGCGUGACAUACCGUGGCCAAGAACGUAAUGGCAUCGUAAUGCCGGUUACAUUUCAGAAUUGUUUUUAAGUAAAAGCUCUGUAAGACGGUUGAUAACUUUGUCUUUCGCCUCUUGUUUUCAGGUGACGCACCUGAGAAAAGGGAAGAAAAAGGUUUGUUGUCGAUCAUUAACUCAAAUCAUUUAGUCGAGAAUCACAUAUUGCGAAGCUCACCUUGUUAAUUUAUCAUUUGCUCGUUUUCAGGCGAUGCGUCCCAGAAAAGGAGAGAAAAAGGUUUAUUGUCGAUCCUCUUAUUGAUUCACUUGCCUAGUUUAUAGACUAAUGAUAACUAUCUUGGAUAGAGCCUGCCAAGCGGGCAGUUUAUUAUGUGCUCAAAAGUUUUAUAAACAUGCCGCCGCGAAAAAGAGCACUAAGAUCUGAGAGGCUUUGGACUGAAAAUAAUGGCAGCGUAAUAGGCGCUCGAUAAGAACUCGGCGUGACCUACCGUGGCCAAGAACGUAAUGGUAUCGUAAUGCCGGUUACAUUUCAGAAUUGUUUUUAAGUAAAAGCUCUGUAAGACGGUUGAUAACUUUGUCUUUCGCCUCUUGUUUUCAGGUGACGCACCUGAGAAAAGGGAAGAACAAGGUUUGUUGUCGAUCAUUAACUCAAAUCAUUUAGUAGAGAAUCACAUAUUGCGAAGCUCACCUUGUUAAUUUAUCAUUUGCUCGUUUUCAGGCGAUGCGUCCCAGAAAAGGAGAGAAAAAGGUUUAUUGUCGAUCCUCUUAUUGAUUCACUUGCCUAGUUUAUAGACUAAUGAUAACCAUCUUGGAUAGAGCCUGCCAAGCGGGCAGUUUAUUAUGUGCUCAAAAGUUUUAUAAGCAUGCCGCCGCGAAAAAGAGCACUAAGAUCUGAGAGGCUUUGGACUGAAAAUAAUGGCAGCGUAAUAGGCGCUCGAUGAGAACUCGGCUUGACCUACCGUGGCCAAGAACCUAAUGGUAUCGUAAUGCCGGUUACAUUUCAGAAUUUUUUUUAAAUAAAAGCUCUGUAAGACGGUUGAUAACUUUGUCUUUCGCCUCUUGUCUUCAGGUGACGCACCUGAGAAAAGGGAAGAAAAAGGUUUGUUGUCGAUCAUUAACUCAAACCAUUCAGUAGAGAAUCACAUAUAUCACCGAGGUUUUACACCACAUGUUAGGUAUGUGAAUUAGUCAUUGGCAAAUAUGUUUCAGUCAUAUUUGUAAAACUCUGUUAAGACAAAUGAUCAUUUUCUCCUCCGCCGUGGCUUAUCCUUGCGGUUUUUGCCACCAGAUUUUGUCUUCAUGUCUUGGAUCAUUGCAUCAUUGCGAAGCUCACCUUGUUAAUUUAUCAUUUGCUCGUUUUCAGGCGAUGCGUCCCAGAAAAGGAGAGAAAAAGGUUUAUUGUCGAUCCUCUUAUUGAUUCACUUGUGUAGCCUAUAGACUAAAGAUAAAUAUCUUGAAUAAAGCCUGCCAGGCGGGUGGUUUAUUAUGUGCUCCAAAAUUUUAUGAGAAUGCCGCAGCGAAAAAGAGCAAAAAGACCUGAGGGGCUUGGGACUGAGAAUAAUGGCAGCGUACUAGGAGCUUCAUAAGAACUUUGCGUGAAAAUGAGAGUCAAAAUAAAGGAAUGCAUAAGAGACAUGCAUGUCAUUAAUAAAGAAUCACCUACCUGAUAAAUGAUUAACACCAUGCUUGAGGUUUGGAGGCGAGUUAUUCGCAAGAAUGUAUCCGCCAAAUUUGCAAAGUACUGUUAAGAAAAUCGAUCAUUUUGUCCUCUGCCAGGGCUCGCCCCAGUUGGUUUUGUUAUCAGAUUUUGUCUACAAGGCUUGCAUCACUGUGAAACUCAGCUUACCAAAUUCUUAUUUGCUUGUUUUCAGGUGAAGAAAUGCCGGCCCCAGGAGGAUUACAUCAAGGUUACUAAUUAAAAUGAAUUGUUUUUUCUAUUUACGUAAAUUGGAUAAGUUUUUUAUAUUUAUCUAUACAUUAUUUUCUUAAGCUUGCCUAUCCUAACGUCAGCAUUUCAAGAUUAUGCCUAUGUAAAAAGUUAUCUUCCGUGUUUACAUUGUUUCCCGGGGGGAGUGAGUUGUUUCCCACCAUGGGUUCAUUCUCGAGUCCCUUAUUCACUUGUAAAAGCUAAGAGACUAAAAUAUGAUGACUGGAAUAAAACCUAAGUGGGCGGUUUGGCGUGUGCGUCAGAUUUUGAUUUUGUCUUUCACCGAGGCUCAUCCGAUGGAGUUUUGAGUUUUGUGACCUCCAAUCUGUAUCAUUGCGAAGCUCACCUUCUAUAUUUAUUAUUUUCUUGUUUUCAGGUGAUGCGCCUCAGAGAAGGGAAGAAAAAGGUUUGUUGUCCAUCCUCUUAUUCACUUGCGUGGCUUAUAGACUGAUGAUAAAUAUCUUGGGUACAGCCUGUCAAGCGGGCGGUUUAUUAUGUGCUCUAAAACUUUAUAAGAAUGCCGCCGUGAAAAAGAGCGAAAAGACCAGAGAGGCUUGUGACUGAAAAUAAUGGCAGCGUACUGGGAGCUCGAUGAGAACUUAGCGUGAAAGUGACAGUCAAAAAUAAAUGAAUGCAUAAAAAACAUGCAUGUCAUUAAUAAAGAAUUACCUACAUGAUAAAUGAUUAACACCAAACUUGAGGUUUGGGUUCGCAAGAAUGUAUUCGCCAAAUUUGCAAAGUACUGUUAAGAAAAUCGAUCAUUUUGUCCUCUGCCAGGGUUCGCCCCAAUUGGUUUUGCUAUCAGAUUUUGUUUACAAGUUUUGCAUCUCUGCAAAGUUCAGCUUACUAAAUUCUUACUUGCUCGUUUUCAGAAGAAAUGCCAGCCGAUGGAAAAAUAUUUCUCAGGCGAUUUCAAGGUAACUGAUUAAAAUAAUUUGUUUUUGCCAAUUGUAUAAAAUAGAUAUGAUUUUGAAGUUUAUUUAUAUAUCAUUAUUAUAAGCUUGCCUAUUGUAAUGUCUUCAUUUUAAGAUUAUGUCUAUGCAAAAAGUUAUUUUCCGUGUUUACGCUGUUUCCUUUGGAGAGGGGGGGUGGGGGUUUGGCUCCCUCUAUGGAUUCAUUUUCGAGUCCCUUAUUCACUUAUAUAGCUAAUCGAUUAACAAAUGAUAACUUGGAUAAAACCUCCUUGGUAGACGGUUUGGCGUGUGCGUCAGACUGGCAAAGACACAAAAAGAGCGCAAAGACGCUUGGGAUGAAAAAUUAUGGUGGCCUAAGAGAGACUCGAUUGGAGGUUUGCGUGACAUCCUAAGAACGGCUGGGAAGGGGACAGUUUGAAAAUGAGAAGCCAAGAAAAAAAACACGGGAAUAAAUUCAAAACAUUUAAUAAAUAAAGAAUCAUUAAUACAAUAGGUAUAUAAUUGACUUGCUAUCUUGCUAUGGUAAUGCCGUGUGCAUUUUAGUAUUGUAUUUAACCAAAAGCUCUGUAAGACAAUCGAUGAUUUUGUCCUUCGCCGAGGCUCAUCUCGUGGAGUUUGAUAUUACUUUUCGUCCGCAAGUCUCAAAUCAUUGUGAAACUGAGCGUACUAAAUUCUUACUUGUUUUCAUCUGCUCAAGGCGACGUUCCCACCGAGAGGAGACAGGAAUCCUUGCAGCGAUGUAAGGAUUGCCUAUUCUAAUUAUUUGGUUUUGUUUUUCUAUGAAGACUGAUGUAAUUUUAUGAAUUUAAUGUUUAUAUUAUUGUCAUUAUUUGCAGAAUUUCUACUGUAGUGUAAACAUAUUUUGAUUUUAUCGUGCAUAGGGGGAAUUUUUCUAUGUUUAUAAAGGGCAUUCGCAUCGAGAAAUAAAGUUUUGAUGUCUUCGAUCCCCCGAAGUGAUUAUGGCUUGCAUCAAGAUGAGAUAUUCUUUCUUCAAGAAAACAAGUCAACGUACCGCAUUUCCUCAGAAACUGCAAACUUACACUUAACUUAGGGAAGAAGUAUCGUUCAGAAAUCACUCUAUUUGAUUAUUCUCUCCAAAAAGCAGACUAGGUUUUCGAAAACUGUCUCGAUUAUGGAUGCUUCAAUCCGCAGCUUCUUUUUUCAGUUCUUUUUUUAUUAACUCUGGUGACCCAGUGAGGAAAUAUGUGCUGUUCAGAAAGACAUUUUUGACUCAAAGGAUGACUUAAGUGCUAAGCAAAGCAGUAGCUGUCUAUGAACCAAAACGCGCUCUUUGCGGGUGCGACCAGGUUACUGAGUUGUUUUCAAAAUGGCGGCGUCCAUUGACGGGUAUCCAACACAUCUAAAGACAAUUCCAACGAUUAAGCAACUCUUUGGAAUCUCAAAACUGCAAUUUUGAACUUCUCUUAUGCUUUCCUUUGCAUACAUUGUCAAGCCUAAAAGAAAUUUAUAUAAAGCCUUUGAAUGAAUAAAACUUAAUGCCUUACUUUUGUAUGCCAGGUAUUAACUUCGUAACUAAUUAAGUUUUGAUGUAUAUGCUCUCUCUAGUGGGUUCGCUGUGCCUGCAUCUAGGAGGGCUUGAAACUUGGGCUGAAGAAUGGGGACCAGAAAAUUAAUAGAUAAGGUAAGUUUUACUUGAAGCUAUGGUCACGCUUGGAAUUUAGCGUGGCGUUUUCCUACAUGAUGCCUUGCAAGGCUAGAAUUGAAAAACAUCAAAUUAAAAAAGCAAUAGCAAUCCGGGCGAUACUAGAGUACUUAGGGAUGUUGAAGAUUUACAAGGAUUGCACGGACAAAUUUCGAUCUCCUCCUUCUUCGAAGUCCGAGAUUAUCAUUAAUAAUUUUUUUCUUUUUUCGCAUUUGCAGGUAUUUACGUUACAGCAAUCAUGGCAAGUAGCUUAGAGGAGGGAGCAAUAAAAUUGUUUCUGUAGUAAAUGUUGCCAUAACCGCA